AUGACCAUUUUCGACCCAUCCUGUCCCGCGGCCGUGAUUCCCGCCCCGGGAUCCCCGCCGUCGAGCUGUUCCCGGUGGAAGUACCUAGUUUUCGGGGACUGCGUGUGCUCCGCGCGCGACGCCGCGUCGCUCUACUUAGGUCUUUUUAGUAUCGCGUGCUGGGCGGUGGCGGAGGUCCCGCAGGUGAUCGCCAACUGUCAGGCGUCGCGCAGCGGCGUGGAGCUUGAGGAGGUGCCUCUUGCGCUGGUGCUGACGUGGAUCGUGGGUUGCUUUGUCGCUUCUCUCGUUACUUCUCCUCCUCAUCCCGUCUUCUCCCCUCCCCCUUGUCUUCUUUCCCUAUGUCACUCCCUCUUUCCUUCCCCUGUGCUCCCUCUUUCCUACCGCUCACCUAUCAUUCCAUCUCCCUGUGCUUCCCUUCCCCCACCUCUCCCCACUCCCUUCUCCCAUUCCCUCUUCUCCUCUGUCUGCCGGCACCAAAUGCAUGCAUCUCAUCCCUGCAGCUUCCGACCCAGCUCUUCACAGCAAUCCGUGCAGCAGAAAGGGAAAACCGUCUUUCCUCCUCUCCUGCCCCUCAUCCCGCGGCUCCUCGUCCUUCCCACUUCUCUCAAUCCCCCCCAUACUGUCACAUCACAGCUCUACACAAGCACCACGUGCGUGCUAGUACUGCAGCACGUGCUCUCAGCGUGCAGCAGGAAGAGGCAGCAGCGGCGGGGGGGGAGGAGAGGCAGGAGACUUGCGACCCCCAGCAGAAACGCUCCCUUGCUAGAAGGUCCCCUCCCUGUCGGAACUACCUCUGCGUCUGCCGCUGCUGCUGGUGGUGGUGCCGCUGUUGGUGCUGAUGAUGGUGGUGAUGAUGAUAGUGACGAUGGUGAUUAUAUUGAGGAUGAUUACGGUGCACCCAACGGGCUGUAUCACGCCAUGAUUGAUGAGGAUUCGGCUUCACUCCCCCGCACACUGCUCCCCCUCCUUGAAGCCUCUGCAGUUGCAGGGGGGAAUAGAGGGCAGCAGCAGAGGGACACGCAGCUGGCGCCCGUCUCACUCUCUCUUUCUUCACUUCCUGUAUUGGAACAUGCUCCCUCUCUUCUCGACUCCUUAUCCACCUUCCUUCCCCCCAACCCAACCCCCGCAGGUCAUCAGGGUCUUUCUCAGGCAGCUGGCGUCGUCUCACUCUCUCCAGCUCCUUUGGAGCCAGCUUUCCCCGCAACCCCUCUUCCCCCUCCCUCAAUGCGCUAUCACUGUGCUCAGUGUCCCAAGGUGACAUUUGAGUCGACUCAGGUGACAUUUGAGUCGACUCAGGUGACAUUUGAGUCGACUCAGGUGACAUUUGAGUCGACUCAGGUGACUUUUGAGUCGACUCAGGUGACUUUUGAGUCGACUCAAAACUAG